ACAGAUCACAGACAGAUGAAAACCCUCAGCAGAUCCAAUAACUCCAGCACCAUCUCUGGCUUCAUCCUCCUGGGUUUCCCCUGCCCCAGAGAAGGGCAGAUCCUCCUCUUUGUGCUAUUCUUCAUUGUCUACCUCCUCACACUCAUGGGCAAUGCUUCCAUCAUCUGUGCUGUGCGCUGGGAUCAGAAACUCCACACCCCCAUGUACCUCCUGCUGGCCAACUUCUCCUUCCUGGAGAUCUGGUAUGUCACCUCCACAGUCCCCAACAUGCUGGCCAACUUCCUCUCUGACACCAAGGUCAUCUCCUUCUCUGGGUGCUUCCUGCAGUUCUAUUUCUUCUUCUCCUUGGGUUCUACAGAAUGCUUUUUCCUGGCAGUUAUGGCCUUUGAUCGCUACCUUGCCAUCUGCAGGCCUCUACACUAUCCUGCUCUUAUGACUGGGUGCCUCUGUAACAUCCUUGUGAUCAGUUGCUGGGUGCUUGGUUUCCUCUGGUUCCCCGUUCCCAUCAUCAUCAUCUCCCAGAUGUCCUUCUGUGGGUCCAGGAUUAUAAACCAUUUCCUAUGUGACCCAGGCCCUCUUUUAGCCCUUACCUGUUCCAGAGCCCCACUGAUGGAAUUUUUCUGGACAAUAAUAACUUCUCUGCUCCUCUUUAUUCCUUUUCUCUACAUCAUGGGAUCUUACAUGUUGGUCCUACGAGCUGUGUUUAGAGUUCCUUCAAGAGAUGGACGAAGAAAGGCCUUGUCCACUUGUGGACCACAUGUGACUGUGGUUUCUCUUUUCUAUGGUUCAGUGAUGAUCAUGUAUCUGAGCCCAACAUCUGAGCAUGAAGCAGGAAUGCAGAAACUUGUGACUCUGCUUUAUUCUGUGGCUACUCCACUCAUUAAUCCUAUGAUUUAUAGCCUUAGAAAUAAAGAUAUGAAACAUGCAAUGAAAAAAAUUUUGAAAACAUAA